UCCGUAACUUCCGUAUGAAAUAAAUCGGUCGCAAGAUCAAAACAAACAAAAAAAUGGAACAAAGAUCUAGAUUACUAAUGUAGUCUAGAAUCGACAUAGACUCCUGAUCUAGAUUAGAAAUGCUUUUGUAAAAAAGCAAAAAUGUUUAUAAUAAAAUUUUUGUGAUAAUUAUGCUGUUAGCCCAAGUCACUGAUAACUUCUGCAGUUUGGAUUAGAUUAUUCUAAAUGCAACCAGCAUUUGAGUCAACAUGAACGCUAGAUCUCAAGUUAUACAACUAACAGUGGAAGGUCGCCAGAUAGAAGAGGUUGUGUUGGGAUUAUUCCACACAAUACUGCUCAACCGCACCACUGGCAAACACAACUACACAAAAGAUAGAAACUUUACCAUUGGUUCUCUGGCAGUACAAGACAUUGACUGUGAUUUUUUGGACUUCACUUAUGUUAAGAUUGUGAGUAAAGAAUUGGAUGCCUACCUGAAGAAAGAAGUUAGCCAGUUUAGAGAUAUGCUAAGACACAGUGAAGGCCAACAAUCAGGACAGAUUAUGUUGGAAUUCUACCGAAAACAAAGAAACAGAUGGUUAUUUCAAGGAGAUGUAUUUCCCUGGGAAGUCUGGAGUUUAAAGCUGGAUAUAAUUAAUUUAUCUACAGAAAAUGAAAGGUCAGAGUUCAAAGAGAAGUUGUCGCAUCAGGUGAUGGAUAAAGUGUUCUAUAUUCUGGAUGUCAUCAAUCGCCAUGAGUAUGUCCCUAGCACACCACCAAAAGAGGAUGAGGAGCUAGUUUAUGACACAAGCUUUACAGAUAUACAGCCCUAUUUGUUUAGGAUCUCCCAACAAACUACUGGCCCAUCACCUACGUCUGUGGGCACUACCAUGAGAAAAUUUCUACGAGGUUCCCUUGCUCUUUGAAGCUUCAGAUUUGAGCUGCUCUUCCUCAUUAUGUCUACAAACUUAUAUUUGAGCUUUCAUUCAUUUCUUUGUACUCAUAUCACCUCAUUUGUAAACAUUUGUGUGAUUCUCAACCACCUGGUGGAAAUGUAUUUCUGUACAGUAAUUGACAUCUGUUGUAGGAUGGAUUAUUACUUUUGACAUUAAUAUUUUCUUUCUUUUUCAUCUAUCAAAAAAAUUGUAUUGCUUAAAUGUAAAAUAGUCAAGAAAAUAUUGUUAUUGUCAUUUUUUUUUUUUGCAAUUUUUUUUUUCUCUAAAUGAAUUAUUUUUGUUUCAUUUUGUUUGUCUAUGUUUCAAGAUGUUCUUCCUACAUGAUCUGUGAAAAACAUUUUGUAAUAAUCUGUAAAUAGCAUGAUGUUAGUGAUGUGUUUAACACAGCUAUCAUAAUGUUAAGAUACCAAUAAACUGUGAACUAGACAGACUAAGACAAGUUUCCUUUGAGGCCUAAAGACUAAUAUACUGAUGAGGUGGUGUUUUACUUUGGCUGUGUGGUGUUCCAUGAUAGAAUGCUGAUAGUGCUGUUCUGUAGAGAUGGUUAAUGGCAUUGUUCCUUGGCAAAACACAAAAAGAAGGUCUUUAGUCUUUCUUGCUGAUUGAGUCUGUUCAUUUGUUAGUGUUUUCAAAUCUUGAGUAAAAUUCUCUAUCAUGUCUAGAGAUCAAGACUUUUGGAUUAGCCAAACACUCGACUGUAGAUAGAACAGAGUUUAGACUUUAUGCUAAGUGAUAGAUGCUGUUGGCCAUUUUUCAGUUGUCAAAUAGCUAAAAACCAAGAGCCUGAAAGCAACUAAAUCAUUUUGCUUGAAAGCUGUGCUGUCUUAAGGCACAAAAAGAACUCAUUGUACAGACUUGUGCAAUUAUGUCCCCUGUAACUUUGUUCAUGCAAUGAUUUGCCUCAAGUUUCUUAGAACAUUUGAUUUGUAUUGAUAAAGUACAUUGUAUCUCACCUGCAAUGAAAUACAUUGAAACAAUAAUUUGUU